UUUGCGUCACAGCAUAUUCCCCUUAAUAAUUUCUAUAUUUAAAUUAGGGCUCAAAUCAAAUCUAUUUCGCCCUAAUUUAACAAGCUCUCUCAGAUUUCAAAAUUCAAUCAUGGCGACACCCGAUGUUUAUGUUCAAGGCGAACAUCCUCCUUUUGAUCAUCCCAAAGGGGAUGCAAAAUCACGAGGAUUUGCCCUUGAGAAAAAAAUUGAAUAUCUUGAGAGCUUGAAUGACAAAGUUAGCAACAGACGAGCACGUAGAUGGAUUAAUGAUCGCAUACUGUUGGAGCUUGUACCCCGUCUGACUGGAGAUGAGAUUAGGGGUUUGUUUGCUCCACCACCGUGGGGUGAUGAGGCGCAACCGUCAGCAUUUAGCAUGACAAACGUGGUGGAGUGGGACAAGUUUAGGAAUAUAGACAUGGAUAAAGAGGCUGUUGCAGUGGAGGCCCUCAAGGGUUCCUCAUCAAAGAAGAAAAGUCGUGGGGACGCUGAUAAGAUAGCUGCAUUGACUGCAUGGCACAGGGUUGACUGCAGAACUAGAGAGGCAUUUCGCCGAAGCUUCCUUCCGGAACUUGUCAAUGGUUAUGAGGAGAACAUACGAGCUUUUGUCUCAGAGGCUGCUGGAGAGGAGGUUCUUGUGCUAUAUGUGCAAGACCCUUUCCAUAGGUUGUUACUGCACGGUGUUUGUGAGGUGGAUGCAUUCAGUGACACAGCUUUUAAAGGGAAUUCAGCAGCAGUGUGUUGGUUAGGUGACAUAAAGAAAGAUGAUAAAUGGUUACAAUCAGUUGCUUCUGAAUUUAAUAUUGCUAUCACUUGUUACUUGUCUCCCAUUGUUGAUGAUAGUCAUGGUAAUUCGGAUCAUCCACCUAGGUUCCACCUUAGAUGGUUCACUCCUACUGUUGAGGUGAAACUUUGUGGUCAUGGAACUUUAGCAGUCACACACUUUCUUUUCGAGUCUGGCUUGGUGAAUUCUACCACAAUUGAAUACUCAACACAUUCUGGAAGUGUGACUGUGAAAAAAGUUUCCGCUGGCAAUGUAGACUACUCAUCAAAUGGUGUAGCACAAGACAGCUUCUACAUUGAAUUGGAAUUUCCUGCCGAGCCACUUUAUGAUCUUGAUGAUCACGAGGUUUUGGCAAUUUCUGAUUUAUUAAACGGUGUUUCUGUUGUUGAGCUAAAGAAGACAUCCAAUGACAUUUUUUUGGUGCUUCCAUCAGCAAAAGAAGUUGUGGAAUUUAAGCCUCAAUUUAGUAAGAUCAAAGAAGCCCCGGGAAGAGCUAUAAUAAUUACAGCACUUGCACCUGAUGGGUCAGAGUUUGACUUUUAUAGUCGUGUCUUUGAUCCUAAGAUUGGUGUUAAUGAGGACCCUGUUACCGGGACUGCACAUUGCGCCUUAGCAUCUUAUUGGCAUGACAAGUUGGGGAAAUGUGAUUUUCUUGCAUAUCAGGCCUCACCUAGAAGUGGCACCUUGCAUGUUCAUCUUGAUAAGAAGAAUCAACGAGUACUUCUUCGAGGUAAAGCCACUACAGUCAUGGAAGGGUCUCUUUUGGUCUAAGAUAAACACACUACAAACCUUAACACCUAAAAGGACGUGUAGUGAUCAAGGCUUCGCUUCAUAUUCAUUGGAAUGAUCAAGCCUUCUCUUUAAUUUGUUAAACAUAGUGGAAGAUCUCCUCGUUACGAAGUGAAUCCUUCACGGAUUUCCCAAAUGUAUACAUUCAAAAGUUCUUGUUUGGGUUUUUUAUAUAUAUUUUUUGCAA